CCAAAAUAAACUAGCCAACUGAUAUCAUCAUCUUCCUCCUACCUCUCUCUUAUGCAAGAUGGGUGAGUUUCGAGAAGCUUAUGUUUCCUCGUCUCCUCUACGCACACCGUCGCAAUCACCUAACUUCAGUCUUCUACGACAAAACUACUUUCAUGGAGAUUUCUCUUUAAACUCGUCGUCGGAUUAUUCUCUGUCGAGUUCCUUCUCUAGCGGGUUCUCUUCUUCCGAUGACAGUUCUUCUUCUCCCUUCGCUUCACCUCCGUUCAACGGGAUCAUCCCUAUCCACAACCACGCCACUUAUCAUCACGAGCCAUUGCUUUAUAAAGAUCAUGAGAAGAGUGUUCAUGGUGAUGAUACGGGUCUAUGCGAAGAUCUCUAUCACAUGAAAAUCACCGAGGAGACAGGGACUCAUCGAGGCUUUUCAUGGUUGAACAACAAUCAAGAUUCCGACCAAAACAUAAACUACGACAAGAGAAACAUGUUUGGGAACCAAACUCAAGAUUCCAUAUCCAACACUCGCCAGUUCGGUUGGCCUAGCUACUCAAACAGUAACGUUGGUAAUAACAGUCCUUACAUCAAUGGAGGAGGAAGUAGAGAACACUCGGCUUACUACAGAACAAUGGCAACAUCAGACAUGUCGCCAUUGUUCUGCCAAGGCUCUGAACCAUUUAGCUUGGAUCAUCAGAGAACCAAAUCAUUCAUCUCUGACCAUGGAAGCACUAGUCUGCCUAACGUGUGUGACGUUCAGGGAUAUGUGUACUUGAUGGCUAAAGACCAACACGGAUGUAGAUUCUUGCAGAGGAUAUUCGAUGAAGGAACACCUGUUGACGCCUUGGUUAUAUUCAAUGAGGUUAUUCCUCAUGUCGUUGAGCUUAUGAUGGAUCCUUUUUGGAAUUACUUGAUGCAGAAGCUUUUAGAUGUUUGUAAUGAAGAACAAAGGACGCAGAUUGUGCUUGUGGCUACUGCUGAGCCUGGUCAACUUAUCAGGAUAUCUCUCAACGCAUACGGUACUCGAGUUGUUCAGAGAUUAGUGGAAACGAUUAAGACAGGAAAACAAGUUUCUCUUGUGAAAUCGGCGCUGAGACCUGGCUUUCUUGAUUUGAUCAAGGAUUUAAAUGGCAACCAUGUGAUUCAACGUUGCUUGCAAUGCCUAAGCACUGAAGAUAACAAGUUUAUCUUUGACGCAGCUACAAAGUUCUGCACUGAAAUCGCAACACAUCGACAUGGAUGUUGUGUACUCCAAAAAUGCAUUGCUUAUUCAAUGAGACAACAACGAGAGAAGCUGAUCGGUGAAAUCUCUAGAAAUAGUCUCCUACUUGCUCAAGACCCCUUUGGGAACUACGCAGUACAGUUCGUUAUAGAGCUGAGGAUACCUUCGGCCGUAGCGAUGAUGUUGAGUCAGUUAAAAGGGCAUUACGUACAACUUUCCAUGCAGAAGUUUAGUAGCCACAUGGUGGAAAGAUGCCUCAUGCAUUGUCCCGAGAGUCGUCCACAGAUAGUGCGUGAGCUUGUCUCAGUUCCUCACUUUGAUCACCUUCUUCAAGACCCUUACGCUAAUUUCGUCAUCCAAGCCGCUCUUGCUGCCACUAAGGGUCCACUUCAUGCUUCACUAGUGGAAGUCAUAAGACCACAUGCGAUUCUGCGUAAUAAUCCUUAUUGCAAAAGGAUUUUCUCGAGGAAUCUAUUGAAGAAGUGAAAGCAUGUGUUGAGACUGUAAUAAGUCUGUAAUUUCAAGACUUUGUUGUUGUUUUUCUUUCUGGUCCCAAGGCUUCGUUUUUAUGAAUAAUCUCUGGUGAAUGUACACACGAGAGCUCUAUGUUUUGUUUUUGUGUUUUUGUGUUCUUGUUUCUUGUUCUGUAU